AUGCCUGUGCAAAGUUGGGCGAAACAGUACUGCUCCUCGAGUAAGGGCAACUGCCAGAACGCCAGGUGCUGCAGCGAGGAGGGCAUGCAGUGCUACUCUAAAGGACAAGUCACUGGCCCAGUGCAAGUCCUCCUGCAUGCCAGGCCCAGACUUGACCGACGUCGACGGGGUGAGUUGGAGCUGCGAAGAGAUCGGGCCACGCGCGCCCGGGAUUGUCUUGGAGCCGAGUGCCGCGAGCCUGGUGGUGCCAGCAUGGGCCUGGGCGCAGUGCUCGGUCAGUGGCGAAAAUUGCAGCUUGACAAAGUGUGGCAGUCAGGAUGGCCACCAGUGCUAUUCCAAGAACCAGGGCUGGAGUUCCUGCAAGCCGGACUGCGCGUCUGGGCCCCUGCCGGAGGACCGUGCGGACGAGAGUUGGUUUUGCCGCGCCCUGGGGCCCAGGGCGCCAGGCCUGGCGGAGACGCUUCCCGUGAGGCGGGGGUCUUUCCUGGAUGUCGGUGGCCUGGGAGUUGGCGGGGGCGCGCGCGUCAGCUCGAUGAGAUGCAGGCUUGGCGUCGCGAGGGCGAUGGGCGUCAAGAUGAGCGAGCUGGGGGUGGGUGGGUGAAGUUCGUGGUGAACGUCGGCGACUCCUUCCAAGACAACGGCGUCCUCGGCAGGGGCGACGAGAAAAGGGGCAAGGCGUGGCGCUGGAUCCACAGCGAGCGGCUCCGCAGCGUUCCCUGGCACAGCGUAUACGGGGACCGCGACUGCCGCUCGGGCCCAUGCGCGUGCGUCGACGUGGAGGCGAAGUGCGCGCAGGUGAACUACGACGAGCAGAACCUGGAGUACUUUCAGAUGCCUGGCACCAGCAACUUCAGGGCCUUUCCAGACAUGGCGAUCGAGAUCGUGGGCCUGGACCCCUGGGAGAGGGCCAGGGGAUCUGGCCUUCGGGGAGUGCGCGCGGAGCGGCUGCGUCGCCAAGUGCGUCCGCGUCAUCGGGAAUCGCACCCCGGGGGCACUGGGCCUCUUCUUCAUCCGCGCAGGGGGGUGCACGGCCAAGUCGCUCGUGGUCUUCUCCCACUGCCCGAUGGAUACUUCGUCGGUCCCCCCGACUUCCUCGGGGCUUUGUCGGACAACUCCAGGCGCGACAUCACAUAUUUCGGCGGCCACCGCCGCGGCGUCGACGACGCCGGCGCCGUCUCCAUCGAGCCGAACAAGUACUGGGUCGUCGGCGAGGGCGGCGACGAAAGCUGCGACGCGGAUCGGCAGCAAGGGUUUGUCGUCGGGGAGAUCGCGGGCGACAGUUCCAUCGCGACCUACACAGUCUUCAUGGACGGAAGGCGCUGCUCUUCCUGA